GAGUAAAAAGGAUUGGGAAUUUGGAGGGAAACACAACCAAUCUCAUUCAUUUCUCUCACCUUCUGUCUUUCUUUCUCUAUCUCUCUCUCAAUGGCUCAAAUUGAAACCCUAGGCAUACUUCAGGACAUCGAAUCCCUCGUCUCUGAUCGGCUUCAAGUGGUUUCUUACAAAUGGCUGAGUCGCAAUUACUUGCUGUCAUCAAAUUCUGCAAAGAGGCUGCUCCAAGAAUUUGUUGAAAAGCAUGGAAAUGGAUUUGAAGUGGUGUAUGCGUUGUCUGGCUGGUUGAAGGGUGACUCUCCAAGCUAUCAUAUAAGACUCGUUACAGGGACAAAACUUGAAGAAGCAAAACAAGAAUUUGAUGGCAGCUGCUCAGUUCAGGUUUAUAGCGUGCAAGCUUGCAUACCAAAGGAUCCAGCUGUACUUUGGAAUGUUGAAUUUGUACAAGCAGAAGAGCUCUUUAAGCAGCCUUCAACGAUUGACAAUUGCCUGAGAGAUAACAGUAAAUGA